AUGUCUCAAAUACAGGAACAUAUUAUACAGGAUUCGCAGAACUCACAGUUUAAUUUGCCAGCAACUGCUACUUCAGAGCAUACGCAAAGGAUAUUAAACUCGAGUGCCCAGCCCGUGAUGGAGGGAGAUGUUAUUGAGGUUCAUCCAGAGUCCUCCCAUGAGCCUCCGCAACUACAAUCUUACGAGGAGGACCCAUGGCUUGCGUCGUUUGUGCCGCUUGAAAAACUUCAGAUUAAUGGUAUUACUAAUAACGACCUGAAAAAACUACGUGAACAUGGGCUACACACAGUUGAGGCUGUUGCAUAUGCGCCGAGAAAGGAUUUGAUGGAAAUAAAGGGGAUUUCAGAAGCAAAGGCGGACAAACUGCUAAACGAGGCAGCUCGGUUGGUUCCAAUGGGUUUUGUUACAGCGGCGGACUUUCACCAGCGUCGGGCUGAGAUGAUCUGCCUGACAACGGGGUCCAAGAAUCUGGACACGCUUUUAGGGGGCGGAGUGGAAACGGGCUCCAUUACAGAGCUGUUCGGCGAGUUCAGGACAGGCAAGUCACAGCUGUGUCAUACACUCGCGGUCACGUGCCAAAUCCCACUGGACAUGGGCGGCGGAGAGGGCAAGUGUCUAUAUAUCGAUACAGAGGGUACUUUCCGUCCCAUACGGCUGGUUUCAAUUGCGCAGCGGUUUGGCCUUGAUCCCGACGAUGCACUCAAUAAUGUGGCUUACGCCAGAGCCUAUAACGCAGAUCACCAGCUGAGACUGUUGGACGCUGCGGCACAGAUGAUGAGCGAAUCGCGGUUUUCCCUAAUAGUAGUGGACUCUAUCAUGGCGCUCUAUAGGACGGAUUUCUCCGGCCGUGGAGAGCUAAGUGCGCGCCAGAUGCACCUCGCAAAGUUUAUGCGUGCUCUCCAGCGUCUUGCAGACCAAUUCGGUGUUGCUGUUGUUGUCACAAACCAGGUUGUUGCUCAGGUCGACGGCGCCGCAAUGUUCAACCCCGAUCCCAAGAAACCUAUCGGUGGCAAUAUCAUGGCGCACUCUUCGACGACUAGGUUAGGCUUCAAGAAGGGAAAAGGCUGUGAGAGAAUCUGUAAGGUGGUAGACUCCCCUUGCCUUCCGGAAGCUGAGUGUGUCUUUGCUAUCUACGAAGACGGAAUUGGGGACCCUCGAGAGGAAGAUGAAAACUAG